AUGGCGAAAGACUCGCUGGAAACGUCCGACCAAUUCAAGAUGGUGGAGAUCCGAGACGAUCGGCAAACUCGGCAGCAAAAGUCCGUCGAACAAGAUCGCGAGGAUCUAGCCCGCAUGGGCAAAAAACAGGUGUUGAAAAGGCAGUUUGGCCUAAUGUCCAUGCUUGGCUUCGGCUGCAUAGUACUGAGUACUUGGGAAGGCGUAUUAGCCUUGUUCGUUGUGGGAUUUACCAACGGAGGCCCAGCAGGGCUAGUAUACGGAUAUCUUCUCACAUGGAUCGGCACGCUUUCAAUAUUCAUCACUUUGUCAGAGCUGGCAUCUAUGGCGCCAACAAGUGGAGGUCAAUACUAUUGGUGUGCAAUGCUCGGACCUCCUCAAUACGGCAAGGUUCUCAGCUAUAUCACCGGCUGGUUGACUGUUUUCGGUUGGCAGGCUAGUGUCAUCUCGGCUUCAUACCUUACUGGAACAAUGAUCCAGGGGCUUCUCAUUCUGAACUAUGCGGAUUAUGACCCGAAGCCAUGGCAAGCAAUGCUUCUGAUGUGGGCUUGUCUUCUGGUUGCCGUCCUCCUGAACACGCUUGUCAGCAACUUCUUGCCCAAGAUUGAAGGCGCCAUUCUCAUAUUUCAUGUGGUUGGAUUCUUUGCAAUCUUGAUUCCCUUGGUUUACCUUGCUCCGGGGCAUGGACCGGCUUCUGAGGUUUUCACCACCUUUCUGAAUGAAGGCGGCUGGGGUACUCAGGGGCUGUCGUUCUGGCUUGGAGUCAGUAGCACAGUUUUUGCGUUCCUUGGUGCGGAUAGUGUUGUCCACAUGUCCGAAGAAAUCCAAGGCGCAUCUGUCAACGUGCCACGGGCGAUCAUUGGAAGUAUCGCUAUCAAUGGCGCCCUUGGCUUCGGUAUGCUCCUAGCUGUGCUGUUUACCCUCGGAGAUGUGAAGGCUGUCCUUGGAACGGAUUAUAUCUAUCCCUUCAUUCAAAUUUUCCUCCAGAGCAAUAACUCGUCCGGCGGAACUACGGCCAUGACGGCAGUUAUUCUCGCAUUGACUUUCCUCUCGACCAUUGGACUCGUAGCAACCUCAUCGCGAAUGACGUGGUCCUUUGCGCGAGACCGCGGCCUUCCUGGGUGGAGAUAUCUUAGCAAGGUAAGCUGGUGGACGAGAUGUCUCCAAACAGUCUCAGAUCUCAAAGAGCUGACUUUCGAUUUUGAUCAAUUCCAAAACUUCCAUACCAGUCGUUGCAAUCCUUGUGACAACAUUCAUCUCCGUCCUUUUGGACCUGAUCGAACUUGGAUCUGCUACCGUCUUGAACAUCCUCAUUUCUCUUGCUAUCAACAGUUUCUACGCCUCUUACCUUAUAUCGGCGGCGCUACUCCUUUGGCGCCGUUGCAGUGGGCAUGUGAAAGCUCAUGGCGCUGCCCAGAAUCCACUGCCGAGCACCGAGGGUUCCCCGGAGCUGGCGUGGGGGCCAUGGAGGGUUCCGGGGUUUCUGGGAGUCGUCAACAAUGCUUAUGCAUGCAUCUGGAUGGUGAUAAUACUGUUCUUCAGCAGUUGGCCCAAGACAACCCCCACAACCGCCUCGACUAUGAAUUAUAG